GUACAAUUGUCGCCUGUCUCAACAGGAGAAACUUCAAACUAGUUAUUAAUAUGUGUUUAUAAGUUUAUAACCUACGCGCUCUUUUAGUAUGGAAUACAUUUUUUAUUCAUUCCUAUUUAUUAAUUCAUUUUAAUUAUAAAUUUUAAGACUGUAUUUACGCGAUCAUAAUAUUGAAUUCAAUAAAUUUAUAAUAAUAUGCAACACAAAAUUCUAGAGCUGUAUAGUGGCAUUGGUGGUAUGCACUGUGCUUGGAAUGAUUCUGGUUUAGAGGGAAAAGUAAUGACUGCUAUUGAUAUCAAUACAGUAGCAAAUGAAGUAUAUCGUUAUAAUUUUCCUAACACUUGUUUAAUUUGUAAGAACAUUCAGUCCUUAAGUGUGGAUGACAUUUGUAGACUGGAGGUUAAUACAAUAUUAAUGUCCCCACCAUGCCAACCUUUUACUAGGAAUGGAAAAUUUCUUGAUGAGAAUGAUCCUCGAACCAAUUCUUUUAUAUAUGUUAUAAACAUAUUACCUCAAUUAUACAAUGUUGAAUACAUUUUAAUGGAAAAUGUUAAAGGAUUUGAAUGUUCAAAAGUGCGGAACUUAUUUAUAGAUAAAUUAAAAGAAUGUGGGUUUGAUUAUCAAGAAUUUCUAUUAUGUCCCACCAAAGUGGGUGUGCCUAAUUCUAGAUUAAGGUACUACUGUAUAGCCCGAAAAACAAAACUGGAAUGGAAUUUUAAAAGGAAAGAUGAAAUUAUGUAUGACCUCCCAAUAACAACAAAUGAACCAUUUGCUAUACAAAAUAUUAUAGAACAUAAUGUGCCAGAUGCCUAUAUUCUACCAGAAAAGGUAUUAAAGUGGGGUAAAGCUUUAGACAUAUGUUUCAAUGAUUCAAAGAGAUCUUGUUGUUUCACAAAAGCAUAUUCCCAUUAUGUUGAUGGAACUGGCUCAGUUUUCACAGAGGCUGAUCAAGAAACUGCCAAGAAAUGUUAUGCAGAGGCCAAUAUGUAUGAACCUGGGAGUGAGAACUUCAUCAAUAAACUGAAAGAACUAAAACUUAGAUUCUUUACACCUAAAGAAAUUUUGGCUCUCAUGUCUUUUCCUAAAGACUAUGUAUUUCCGGAAAGCACAACUGUUAAACAGUGCUACAGAUUGUUGGGGAACAGUGUUAAUGUUAAAGUGAUAAGUGAAUUAUUGAAAAUAUUGUUUUUGUAAUAAAUUUUUAUUAAU